GGCAUCAACGCCAUGGCGGCCGAGAGCGGCCCGGGCACGCGGCUGCGGAACCUGCCCGUGCUGCCCGACGCGCUGGACCCCGCGCAGCCGUCGGCGGCGCCCGCGCCCGGCCAGGCCCAGCCCGGGGGCGUCGGUGCCAACCCGCCGCCCCCGGAGACGUCGAACCCCAACAAGCCCAAGCGUCAGACCAACCAGCUGCAGUACCUGCUCAAGGUGGUGCUCAAGACCCUCUGGAAGCACCAGUUCGCAUGGCCCUUCCAGCAGCCCGUGGACGCCGUCAAGCUCAACCUCCCGGAUUAUUAUAAGAUAAUUAAGACGCCGAUGGACAUGGGAACAAUUAAGAAGCGAUUGGAGAACAAUUAUUACUGGAACGCGCAGGAGUGCAUCCAGGACUUCAACACCAUGUUCACCAACUGCUACAUCUACAACAAGCCCGGGGAUGACAUCGUGCUGAUGGCAGAGGCUCUGGAGAAGCUUUUCCUGCAGAAGAUCUCGGAGAUGACGCAGGAGGAAACCGAAAUCGUCAUCGCCCAGACCAAGGGCCGGGGCCGCGCCCGCAAGGAGCCAGCAGUGCCCUCCAAGCCCGGCUCCUCGGCCGUCUCCAGCGCCUCCCAGGGCUCCUCCCCGCCCCACCCGCCCGUCAUCCCCACGCCCGCGCAGCCCGUCAAGACAAAGAAAGGCGUGAAGAGGAAAGCAGACACCACCACGCCCACGGCCAUGGACCCCAUCCACGAGUCGUCGUCGCUGCCCGCCGAGCCCAAGGCGGCCAAGGCGGGCGCGCGGCGCGAGGGCGGGCGGCCCCCGAAGCCGCCCAAGAAGGAGCUGCCGGACUCGCAGCAGGCGCCGGAGCCGCGCGGCUCCAAGGCCUCGGAGCAGCUGCGCUACUGCGGCGGCAUCAUCAGGGAGAUGUUCGCCAAGAAACACGCGGCCUACGCCUGGCCCUUCUACAAACCCGUGGACGUGGAGGCGCUGGGGCUGCACGACUACUGCGACAUCAUCAAACACCCCAUGGACCUCAGCACCAUCAAGUCCAAGCUGGAGGGCCGGGAGUACCGCGACGCUCAGGAGUUCGCGGCCGACGUGCGGUUGAUGUUCUCCAACUGCUACAAGUACAACCCCGCCGACCACGAGGUCGUGGCCAUGGCCAGGAAGCUGCAGGACGUGUUCGAGAUGCGCUUUGCCAAGAUGCCGGACGAGCCCGAGGAGCCGGUGAUCCCCGCCUCGUCCCCCGUGGUGGUCCCGCCCCCCACCAAGGUGGCGCCGCCCUCGUCCAGCGACAGCAGCAGCGACAGCUCCUCCGACAGCGACAGCUCCUCCGACGACUCCGAGGAGGAGCGGGCGCAGCGCUUGGCCGAGCUCCAGGAGCAGCUGAAGGCCGUGCACGAGCAGCUGGCGGCGCUGUCCCAGCCCCAGCAGAACAAACCAAAGAAGAAGGAGAAGGACAAGAAGGAGAAGAAGAAGGAGAAGCACAAAAAGAAGGAGGAGCUGGAGGACACCAAGAAGAGCAAGGCCAAGGAGCCUCCACCCAAGAAGGCCAAGAAGAGCAACAGCAACAGCAGCGCCUCCAGCAAGAAGGAGCCGGCGCCGGUGAAGCCCAGCAAAGCCGCGCCCGCCUACGAGUCGGAGGAGGAGGAGAAGUGCAAGCCCAUGUCCUACGAGGAGAAGCGGCAGCUGAGCCUGGACAUCAACAAACUGCCCGGGGAGAAGCUGGGCAGGGUCGUGCACAUCAUCCAAUCCCGGGAGCCCUCGCUCAAGAACUCCAACCCCGACGAGAUCGAGAUCGACUUCGAGACACUGAAGCCGUCGACGCUGCGCGAGCUCGAGCGCUACGUCACCUCCUGCCUGCGCAAGAAGAGGAAACCCCCAGAGAAGCUCGACGUCCUGGCCGGCUCCUCCAAGCUCAAGGGCUUCUCCUCGUCCGAGUCGGAGUCGAGCAGCGAGUCGAGCUCCUCGGACAGCGACGAGUCGGACUCAGAGAUGGCGCCAAAAUUGAAGAAGAAGGGGCACUCGGGGCGGGAGCAGAAAAAGCACCACCACCACCACCACCCCUCGGCGGCGCCGCCGCAGCCGCCCCCGGCGCCGCCGCCGCCGCCCGUCCGCCGGCUGCAGCAGCCGCAGCCGCAGCCGCCCGUCCCGCCGCCCGCCGCGCCCCUGAAGGCGUCGCCGCCGCCCCAGCCGCCGUUCGUGGCCGCGCAGGUGCCCGUCCUGGAGCACCCCCUGCCCGGCGCCAUGUUCGACACCAUGGCCCACUUCGGGCAACCCAUGCUGCACCUGCCCCAGCCCGAGCUGCCCCCGCCGCCGCACCUGCCCCCGGCGCCGCCCGAGCACGGCACGCCGCCCCACCUCAACCAGCACGUGGUGUCUCCUCCAGCUUUGCACAACGCUCUGCCUCAGCAGCCCUCGAGGCCCAGCAACCGCGCGGCCGCGCUGCCCCCGAAGCCGCCCCGGCCGCCGGCCGUGUCCCCGGCGCUGCCGCCGCCGCCGCAGCCCCCGCCGCAACCGCUGCUGCCGGCGCCGCCGCUGCCGCAGCCGCCGCAGGUGCUGCUGGAGGACGAGGAGCCGCCGCCGCCGCCGGUGCCGCCCCCGCCGGUGCCGCCGCCGCCGGUGCCGCCGCCGCCGCCGCACCACGGCCUCCCCCUGAGCGCCAGCCAGAUGCAGCUGUACCUGCAGCAGCUGCAGAAGGUGCAGCCGCAGACUCCGCUUCUCCCUUCAGUGAAGGUCCAGUCGCAGGCGGCGCCGCAGCCGCAGCCGCAGCCUCCCCCCGCGCAGCUGCAGCCGCCGCCGCCGCCCGCGGCGCAUCCCGCGGUGCAGCCGCUGCAGCCGCCGCCGCGCCCGCUGCACCUGCAGCCGCCCCUGCCCUUCCCCGCGCACCUGGCGCAGCCGCCGGCGCCGCCGCAGCAGCAGCAGCCGCA